AUGCAAUUCCCACCUCCCGUUGUCUUUCUUGCUCUUUGUGCUUGGAGUUUGUUUGAAACUGGGCACGCAGCGAGGGCACGGUUGAACCCACUCUUUCUUGGUUCAUCCCCUUCAGUCGGUCUAUCCUUCACCUCGGUCUCUCUUGCCUCUGCAGACAUCGUUAUCGGCAUCGUCAUCAAUAUCAUGUAUCCCAAGUUCAACAACGUUGGCCCAGCGGCCUUCUUGGUCGGCGCCUUGACCCUCACUCAGGUAGUCACUGCAACACCUUUCUCUCCGCCGCGACAGAAAAACAUUGGCACCAGCGACGACUCUGCAGCAGCAUCAUCAUCAUCAUCAUCUCAAACCGCCUCAAACCAGGAGAGACGAGACGCCGUCAAACAAGCCUUUCAGAUCUCCUGGGACGGAUACUACAAAUAUGCUUUUCCUCACGACUCACUGAGACCAGUGACCAACUCUUAUGAGGAUGACCGAAACGGCUGGGGCGCCUCAGCAAUCGACGCCUUCUCCACCGCCAUCGUCAUGCGCAACUGGCCCGUCAUCAACCAAAUCCUCGCCUACGUGCCCCAAAUCGACUUCACCCGCACCUCGAGCGAAAUCUCCCUCUUUGAAACCACCAUCCGGUACCUAGGCGGCCUACUCUCCGCCUACGACUUAUUGACCACCCCGCCUCUGUACGCCAACGCCAAAGCCGCAGGCCCAGAUGUCCAUCUCAAUUCUACUUCUUCCCAAACAGCGACCGACGCCAUCCUGGCCCAAGCCAUCCGCCUAGCCGACGCCCUGUCCGUGGCCUUCGACACUCCCUCGGGAAUCCCGGAUAACAACCUCAUCUUCGACCCCGCGACAGGCCCGAAGAGGACAGGAUCGCAGACGAACGGCAUCGCGACCAUUGGCACGCUGGUGCUCGAGUGGACGCGACUAUCGGACAUAACAGGGAACAACACCUACGCGCAGCUCGCGCAGCGGGCCGAGUCCUUUUUGCUGAAUCCGCAACCUAGCGCAAUCGCUGAGCCGUUUCCUGGUCUCUUGGGGACCAACGUCAAUAUCACCAGCGGUUUGUUCGUCGAUAGCACUGGCGGGUGGGGCGGCGGGACCGAUUCGUUUUAUGAGUAUCUCAUCAAGAUGUACCUGUAUGACCCGGACCGGUUCGGGUUAUAUCGGGAUCGCUGGAUAUUAGCGGCCGAUUCGUCGAUUCAGUACGUGGCUUCGCACCCUACUACCCGGCCGGACUUGACGUUCCUGGGCGGAUGGAAGGGACCGAGGGGGAACACCACGCUGCGGUUCUCGAGCGGACAUCUGGAUUGUUUUGAUGGUGGUAAUUUCAUUUUGGGGGGAUUGACGCUGUCGAAUAAGAAGUACUUGGACUUUGGGCUGGAGCUGGUCAAGUCGUGCGCGGAGACGUACUCGGCUACAGCCACGGGGAUUGGUCCCGAGUUGUUUAGUUGGCAGGAUAGCCGCACGCCGCUGAAUGCGACGAAUAACCGCGGGCCUCCCUCGGCGGAGCAAAAGGCGUUUUAUGAGAAGAACGGGUUCUGGAUCACCAACGAGCAGUAUGUCCUGCGGCCGGAGGUGAUUGAGAGUAUGUACUAUGCGUGGCGGGCGACGAAGGAUGAAAAGUACAGGGAGUGGGCGUGGGCGGCGUUCAAGGCGAUCAAUGCGACGACGAGGGCGGGGAGCGGGUAUAGCAGCGUGGCGAAUGUGAAUAAGGUGGGAGGGGGGAGCAAGACGGAUUUCCAGGAGAGUUUUUGGUUUGCCGAGGUGUUGAAGUAUUGUUGGUUGAUUUUCCAGGAUGAGGAUGACCCCUGGCAAGUCAAAGCCGACCAGACGAACGAGUUCGUCUACAACACCGAGUGUCAUCCCAUUAGGCUGGCAAAGGGGCACGAAACUCAGCCCUCGUCUUCAUCCUCGUCGUCGGAUUGGGGUUAUGGAUCGGCCGAUGGAAGAAAGAACAACGAGCAGCAACCAAGGGGGCGCCCCGGUGUAUGGAAACACGGCGAUGAUGGAAGCUGGAGCGACAGGAGGGAGAAGAGGUUUGCUGGGCCCAGGUAUGCUUAGAGGUAAUGAGAGCAAGCGGAGGAUAUAGAGGUAGAUGCAAGCGGUCGUGGUAUGAUUCGAAUAAAUAGUAUAUGCAAGCGGAUAAUUACUCUUGUUAAUCAUUGU